AUGGUAUUCGGUAAACCUCAAGACCCUGAUUUAACAAAACUUUUAGAUAAAAAGAUGAAUGUUAAACUCAAUGGAAAUAGAACAGUUAUAGGAAUAUUAAGAGGUUUCGAUUCAUUUAUGAAUAUUGUACUAAAAGAUACAGUUGAAGUUACUUAUCCACAAGAACAAAUCAAUAUGGGAAUGGUUGUUAUUAGAGGAAAUUCAAUAGUUAUGAUGGAACCACUAGAAGCUGUAUCUUCUAAAAAAUAA